AUGCGCGACCCGGCCGCAUACCAGACGGUAUUGCAGUCUCCAGUCGGCUUGCAUUACCUCGGCGUUUCGAGCCAUCCCAGUCAGCGCCAGCCACUAUGCCGCAACGCUGAAGGAUGGGGUCCUAUCAGCCCUUUUCGCUAUGACUUUACGCCCUGCUUCCUCGAUGUCUGGAUAGCUUCCGUCUCUGUCUUUGGCCUCGUCUUCGGAGCCGGUGCAGUCUAUUACCUGUUGAAGAAAUGCAGUCCUCAGCCCGUCAAGCAAGACUGGCACUUUUACACAAAGUUGUCCAUCCUCGCCGCUCUUUGCGCCACCACCAUCCUUCAAGCUGUCUUUCAGAUCAUCAACUUUGGCAGCGUCUGGGCUGGCGACUUCCGUUUCUGGGCCAGCGUCUUGAAUCUCGCCUCUAUUGUCGUCAUCUUCUACAUCCAGUACAUUGAACACUGGCGAUCCCGUCAGGCCAAUGGAGUCGUCCUGGUAUUCUGGCUGUUGCUUCUCAUUGCAUACGCUGUCAAAAUGCGUUCUCUAGUCUCGCAGCAACUAUAUCGCACCGAACUCCCCUAUUUUGUCACCUUUGCCGUCAGUGUCGCCUUGGCUGCUCUCGAAUUUGGCCUCGAGUGGCUCGUGCCCAAACGUUUGAGCGACUACGAUGCUCUUGGGGAUGAAGAUGAGUGUCCAAUGGAGUACGCCAAUAUCUUCUCCAUUCUGACCUUCUCCUGGAUGACUCCAAUGAUGAAAUAUGGCUACAAGAAUUUCUUGACCCAGGAUGAGUUAUGGAACCUUCGUAAANGAGAUACAACCUCUGCAACCACCCAAGCCUUCAACGAUGCGUGGGAGCAAGAGCUGGAAAAGAAGAAGCCAAGUCUAUGGAUCGCCCUGGCUCGUGGCUUUGGUGGUCCAUACGUCCGUGGUGCAAUGAUCAAGACCAUCUCCGACGUCUUGGCCUUUGUUCAGCCUCAACUUUUGCGUCUUCUCAUCUCAUUCGUUGAUUCCUACCGUACCGAAAAUCCUCAGCCUCCUAUUCGUGGAGCCGCUAUCGCUCUUUCCAUGUUUGCUGUAUCCGUCUCCCAGACGCUUGCCCUGCAUCAGUACUUCCAGAGAGCCUUUGAGACUGGCAUGCGUAUUCGUUCAUCAUUGACAGCCGCAAUUUACCACAAGUCGAUGCGCCUCUCGAACGAGGGCAGAUCAUCAAAGUCCACUGGAGAUAUUGUCAACUACAUGGCCGUCGAUACGCAGCGUUUGCAAGAUCUUGCCCAGUAUGGUAUGCAACUGUGGUCUGCGCCUUUCCAGAUCACGCUGUGUAUGAUCUCGCUCUACCAGCUUGUAGGACUGAGUAUGUUCGCUGGUGUUGGUGCUAUGAUUGCCAUGAUCCCCAUCAACGGCGUGAUUGCACGUAUCUCCAAGAACUUGCAAAAGAAGCAGAUGAAGAACAAGGAUUCGAGAACACGUUUGAUGACCGAGAUUCUGAGUAACAUGAAGUCAAUCAAGCUUUACGCCUGGACUACUGCCUUCAUGAACAAGCUGAACUACAUCCGUAACGACUUGGAGCUGAACACUCUUCGCAAGAUUGGUGCAUCUAUGGCUCUGGCCAACUUUACCUGGUCAACUACACCUUUCUUCGUGUCUUGUUCGACAUUUGCGGUCUUCGUCCUCACAGGCAACAGAGCACUUACAACAGACAUUGUGUUCCCCGCACUGACACUUUUCAACCUCCUUACCUUCCCCUUGGCCAUCUUGCCCAUGGUAAUCACUUCCAUCAUCGAAGCAAGCGUCGCUGUCAACCGCCUGACAGAUUUCUUUGUCGCGCCUGAGCUGCAACGUGACGCUGUGCUCAAGUAUGAUGCGGUCACCGAGCGUGGCGAGGAAGCAGUUCGCAUCAGGGAUGCGACGUUUACCUGGAAUAGCAACGACUCUCGCAAUGCUCUUGAGAACAUCUCCUUCUCCGCUCACAAAGGCGAGCUCUCUUGUGUUGUUGGCCGUGUUGGCGCCGGAAAGUCUUCCUUCCUACAGACCCUCCUGGGUGACCUCUACAAAAUCAAGGGUGAGGUUGUCUUGCGUGGAAAGGUGGCCUAUGUUGCUCAAUCUCCGUGGGUUAUGAAUGCCAGCGUUAGGGAGAAUAUUGUUUUCGGUUACCGUUGGGAUCCUCAGUUCUACGAAAAGACUGUUCAUGCUUGCGCUUUGAAGGAAGACUUUGCAUCGCUGCCAGAUGGCGACCAAACCGAGGUCGGCGAGCGCGGCAUUUCCUUGUCUGGUGGACAGAAAGCUCGUCUGACACUGGCCCGAGCUGUCUACGCUAGAGCAGAUGUUUACCUUCUCGACGAUGUCCUGUCGGCCGUUGAUCAACACGUGGGAAGACAUUUGAUCGACAAUGUCCUGGGUCCCAAUGGUCUCCUCAAUGGAAGAACGAGAAUUUUGGCUACAAAUUCUCUACCUGUCUUGAUGGAAGCAAACUAUAUUGUUCUUCUGCGUGAAGGUCGCAUCUUGGAACGUGGUACUUACGAACAACUCAUGGCUAUGAAGGGAGAGAUCUCUCAACUCAUCAAGACUGCUAGCAAUGAAGAGUCACAGAGCGAGUCGCAGAGCGAGACGCCAGAUAGUGACGACUCGGCCACUGUUUUCGAGAGUGAUCCCAACUCCGCGCAAGGCGAACUUGAGAUCACGGAAGCUGAGGAAGGCGAGACUCAACUUGCUCCCAUCAACACUGGUGGUGGUCGCCCAGCCCGCAGAGCAAGUGGUCUUUCCUUACGUCGUGCGAGUACUGCAAGCUUUGCUGGGCCUCGGGGUAAGCUCACAGACGAGGAAGGCACUGCCGGUCUCAAGAGCAAGCAAAACAAGGAAUUCUCCGAGCAGGGUAAGGUCAAGUGGUCUGUCUACUCAGAAUAUGCCAAGACCAGCAAUUUGGUUGCUGUCGCCAUUUACAUCAUCACCUUGGUCGGGGCUCAGACCGCUCAGAUUGGUAAGUGUGUUCCUGGUUGCGCCAAAGAAACGCCUAUCUAA